UCUAGGUCUUUGGACUCCCCUAACACCCGACCGCACUUCCACCGCGGACUACCUACCUCUAUGACCGCCCAAGUACAGGCGACACCACGCCCGACCGCAAGCCCAGGUUCCCUUCUCCAGUGCUACCAAUCGACCGUCCUCCCCCCGGCCACCUCCACGCCCUUGUGGCCGCCGCCUCGCCAAACCCCGACCUUAGCGCCCCGACAUCUCGAUACACCUCGUGUACAAGCAGCAGCAGCAGCAGAGAGGCACUCAGUCGGGCGUCCCGUCUUGCCAGCCAUCGCAAUCCCGUCCCCCGUCCACCGUUACGUCCACUUGUCCACCAACACGGCCACCGUCCACCGCUUAUACCACCGCCGCCGACUGAUUGGCGCCGACUGCACUCAGCGCGCCGUGAUCGUGAUUCGAGUUCGACCAGCUCGACCCCAUAUAUCCAUCUUCACCCCGUGGCCGUCGACGCCCUUUUCCCGACCGACUGACGAUUGCCCGAUCCUUGCUUGCCCUGGCCUGUCUGAACACACUGGGCCGGCGCCCGAGUUCAUAAUCAACGACCACGAACGCUCUCCAAGCCCCUGUCCGCUACACCGGCCCGGGUCAUCAAACUAUCCCCUUCUGCCUCUCGACACGACCAUUGAGUUCACGUCGACAACCAUCCACGCCGUGUCCCCAUCGAGGCGGCCAACACCAAAGCCCUUUCAUCCCCCCAGUCGCAACUAACCCCUAACUGUCGGGCUCGCCAGAACAGCGCGCUAGGCAGUUACGCGCACGACUAUAGACCGACUGGCAAACCCUCGACUGCGGCUGUUGCGGUGUCGUUUUGCGACAUCUGGCAUUUAGUUUGCCGUAUCCCUUUCGUCUCGACCAACUGGGCUUGAGCCCCCG